UCAAUGUCUCCAUCUCUGGCCAGAUCUGCUCCAAGUGAGCUCAACCAUUGGUGGAGCCAGCUGAGAUUUCGCCUUCAAAACAAGAAAGGAUGGAAUGAGAUGUUGGAUGAGACAUUUCUGCUCUACACCAAAUACAUAAAUGACAUUCCUCUCUUCUUUGCUGCUAAAGAGAACAGUGUUGGUUGCAUCAAGAAACUUCUGAGUUGUGCGUCCACUAAUAUCUUUGAGAGAGGUGCUCUUGGUGAGACAGUGCUUCAUGUUGCUGUCAUGAAUGAUAACCUGGAGGCUGCUGUGGCUUUGAUGGACGGAGCUCCUGAACUUAUCAACGAGCCCAUGACCUCCGAGCUCUUCCAAGGUGUAACUCCUCUUCACAUUGCUGUAGUGAAUCAGAACAUCAGUCUGGUUCAUCAUCUGAUCAGUCGUGGUGGUGAUGUGGCUACACCUCGAGUCACCGGUCUGUACUUCAGGAAGAGGUUAGGAGGACUCAUAUACUAUGGUGAGCACAUCCUGUCUUUUGCUGCAUGUACUGGGAAUGAGAGCAUUAUCUCCACGGUAAUUGAUGCAGGGGCCAGCACCAGGGUCCAGGAUUACCGUGGUAACACAGUGCUUCACAUUUUGGUUCUGCAGCCCAACAAGAUGAUUGCAUGCCAGGCCAUAGACCUGAUUAUGGCACACGAUGCAGAGCUGGACCAGUCAGUGUCACUCGACAUGGUGCCCAACUACAGAGGCCUUACACCUUUUAAACUGGCUGCCAAAGAGGGAAACAUUGUGGCCUUUCACCACCUGGUUAAUAAAAGGCGUGUAGUCCAGUGGACUCUGGGCCCUUUGUCCUCUAACCUGUAUGAUCUGACAGAGAUCGACUCAUGGGCCGACAACAUGUCAGUACUAGAGCUCAUUGUGGGCAGUCACAAGAGAGAGGCAAGAGGGAUACUGGAGGUGACUCCCGUGAGGCAGCUGGUUAGUCUGAAGUGGAACCUGUAUGGAAAACAUUACUUCAGGCUGCUGCUGUUACUGUAUCUCCUGUACAUCGGCACCUUCACAUUGUGUUGUGCAUUUCGCCCUCUAAAGGACGCUCCGGAGAACUACACAACAUCAGACAUGGACAAAACCAUCCGAGUCCAGAAAACAUUCAAAGAGAGUUAUGUGACACAUGAGGACUACCUGCGGCUGGUGGGCGAGAUCAUCAGCGUCAUCGGAGCUUUUGUCAUCCUGUUGCUGGAGAUCCCUGAUAUACUGAGAGUGGGAGCAAAGCGCUAUUUUGGUCAGACAGCACUGGGAGGCCCCUUCCAUGUUAUUCUUAUCAGCUACGCAUGCUUGGUGGUGCUGCUGCUGGUGUUCAGAGUCUGCGAGGUGCAGGGAGAGACUGUGGUAAUGGCAGUGUGUUUAGUUCUUGGCUGGUGCAACGUCAUGUUCUUCGCCCGAGGUUUUGAAAUGCUCGGCCCUUAUGUCAUCUUGAUACAGAAGAUUAUAUUUGGAGACAUGACAAAGUUCAUGUGGCUGAGUUUCAUUGUUCUCAUUGGUUUUUCCACCUCCCUGUGGACGGUGUAUAUUACCCAGGAGCCUGGGUCCAUUCCCGCAUAUCGCUCCUUUCCCAUCACCCUCUUCUCCCUGUUUGAACUGAGUGUAGGCCUCAUAGAUCUGCCUGUGGACCACACCUUCACAACCCCCCCGAUUGUCCAUGUGGUCCAUUGCACCUUCUCUGUGGUCUCCUGCAUCCUUUUGCUAAAUCUACUGACAGCCAUGAUGAGUGAUACACAUUGGAGGGUGGCCCUGGAGAGAGACGAGCUCUGGAGGACUCAGGUGGUAGCCACAACUUUGAUGCUGGAGAGGAGGCUUCCCCGCUGCUUGUGGUCUCGGCUCGGGGUGUGUGGGCUCAACUAUGGUCUCAAGGAGCGCUGGUAUCUCAGGGUUGAGGACAGAAACGAUCCGAUGUUCAAAAAGAUGCAGCGUUAUGUCAAAGCUUUCUCCAAAGACGAUGAAAAGGAGGAGAAAACUGACAAAAUUAAGGGACCGAUCUCAAGAACCCCCAAACUCAGACCCUUAAACAGGAGGUCUCUGACAGGGUGGCAGAUUAUUCGACACAGCACUUUGGGUUUGGAAAUGGGGCAAGAAGAUCCAGAUGAGGACCAAGACAUUAAAUAUGUCUAGGAAGAGAUUCUGCCUGAGACUAAAGUGCAUUCUCUGAGG